AUGAGCCAACAUUAUUAUACUAACAUUUUCCUACUAUUCUUUGUCAUUGUUGUGGCCACUGAGGACUAUGCUGAACCUAUACAUUGCUGGUGUCCCGACGAAUUCACAGACAACGAGGUCAUUUAUACACAACAAUUAUGUUGGGUUUCAAAUACUUACCGGAUACCAUUCUCAGAACCCAUUCCGCCUCAGUUUGAACCCAGAAAUAAUGAUGAAGUGACGUAUUAUCAAUGGGUCCCUUUGAUUCUCUUGGUAAUGGGAGCAAAAAUUAACACAAUAGAAAAUUGUCAUUCAAUCCUGAAAUUUCCUCGUCAAGUUUGGAGAUAUUGUUCGCAAAGGUCUGGUGUUGGUGUUAAGAAAAUGCUGAAUAUGAUAGAAGAGUCAAUUAAGGAUACGCCGGAGGAAAGAGAAAAGAAAGUUACUAUGGUGGCAGAGUAUAUUGAUAGUUGGUGCUCAAACGUGAAUCCCUUUCGCGGUGGAAUAUACUCUGGAAUUCGGGAAAAAUAUGGACGUUAUUGCAGUCUAGGUUUUGGACGUCACUAUGGGAAUUAUCUUGUAACAUUAUGUGUGUUUGUGAAGUUUCUUUACUUUCUAAAUGCCGUUUUACAGUUAUAUUUUCUGAAUGAGUUUCUUGGAGGAAAAGAUUUUUGGGUCUAUGGAUACGAAGUGAUAUAUAAAGUUAUUAUGGAGAAUAACUGGGGUUCGUCCACACGGUUUCCAAAAGUUACUCUUUGUGACUUCGAUUUGCGACAACUUGAAAACGUCCAACGAUGGACUCUGCAAUGCGUACUUCCGGUGAACUUGUACAACGAAAAAAUCUUCAUUUUUCUUUGGUUUUGGAUUUCUCUCGUCGCUUUCUGCAGCUUCUGUAACCUUAUUUACAGCUUAUUUUUGGUCCUCUACCCCAGGCACAGAACGACCUUCACCAAAAAAUACCUAAAAAUGGAAGAUGUUUACGACAAAGGAAAUUAUUUGUCAAGGAAAAUGGUCCGAAAGUUUGCUGACAGCCACUUGCGACAAGAUGGCAUCUUUCUUUUGAAGAUGAUAGCUUUUAAUACAAAUACUGUUUUCGUUUCACAGAUUAUCAGAAUUAUUUGGGAAAAAUAUCGUGAACGCGUUCAUGAAGUUGGAAGAACUGUUGAAAAUGAAUUUUAUGAAGGAAAGCGGGCGACUACGAGGUAUAUUCCAGAACCAAAUUAUGGUCAUCUAACCGAUGGUUAUGAAAGUGAAGUUUAAAUCAAUUUCUUAAUUUUUAAGAUGACAAAAUUCAAAAACAUAGUGUUGUUUAUUUUGAAUUUGAAGAAACAGUUCAUGGUAAUAUUUUUAUGCAAAUCUUACAUUCCAGAUUCGGUUUAUGUAAAAAGAGGUAAAAUUCUCUACUAAAACAUAACAUGCAAUGUAUAUAUUUUUUCUAUGUAUUCUGUCAGAUUAAAAAUACCCCUAUCUUCCUUUAGAAAUUAAACCUUAAGAGAAUAUAGUAAUAUUUUGUUAAACUUAAUUGCUAAGUACAUGUAUAUCCCUUGUUACAUGUAUUUCGGAACACUUCUAUCUUCGUCGACCUUUCUAACGUUUCUCUGUAAUUUAUAUCAAUGUAGACAUUGUUGCCAACGCAUGCUGUAUGCUUUAUGAUGUAUAAUAAUAA